AGUGAUACGCUUGAAAAGUCGCGCCCUUGAGAGCUUGAUAAAUCCGGAACCGGUUUACUGCGUGGCGGGUUCGGUUCGCAAGGUUUCCAGUCACGUUUCUCGCGGUUCAUACAAUGCUGAAGAGGGGAGGUGAACGCAAAGACGAGCAGUGAAUUCGAUUCAACGGCGCGUGGCGGGGCGGUCAGUUGUUAUGGUUACUGGCUACAAACACACACCUUGCGCGAACCAUUUCGUUUCUGUUCCUGGAUUGAACAACUAGGCAAUUAUGGAGUGGGCCGCGGAUUUGGAGAUCACUUCGAAGAAGUUGUUACCCCGGCUUGGCAGACGCUCAACGCAGCAAAACGUCACGCAGGAGGACAGCAAGUCGGACGAUGAUCUUUUGGAGAGUCCUAUAUCUAUAACCGCUGGCAGAUCGACGCAACCACCUGUGGCACCUCCUCGCACCAGAAAAACGGGAUGGGGAGACGAGCUGAAGAGCGGCAGAGCUCGGGGCGCGUCUAACAUAAUUGAACAGGAACGAAGUCGGGGACUUGAGAAGGACCCAGCUGAUGACAUCCCCAUUAUUCCAGAUUUGGAUGAAAUACAAGAGGACAGCGCGCUAUCUGAUGUCAAUACUCCCACGGUAAACGUAAACAGAGUCACCGCUUACAAAGAACUCGAUACCGACUUGGUGAAGAACGCCGCGUUCAUCUCUCUAAAUGGCGUUAAUUUGUCCCUUCUUGCUGAGAAAUUGUACAAUGAAAACCUGACGAAAGAACCGGAUGAAGUGUGGAACUGGAAUCUCCUCUUCACUCAAGUCGCCUCUGAAAUAAAUAGCGAGACACAGAAAAAAAUUUCUACAUGAACCUUGUAUCAAUUUUAUAAAAAUAAAGAAUUGCUACGGUA